AGUAUUUUUGCACUUCACAAAUUAAUGACCAUGAGCUCGUUUUUGAUAAACUCCAACUACAUCGAGCCCAAGUUCCCUCCCUUCGAGGAAUACGCGCAGCACAGCGGCCCGGGCGGUGGAGACGGCGGCCCGGGCGGGGACCCGGGCUACCAGCAGCCCCCGGCGCCCGCCACCCAGCACCUGCCGCCGCAGCCCCAGCUCCCUCCCACGGGCGGUAGCCGCGAGCCCCUCGCCUCCUACUACACGCCGCGGGCCGCCCGCGAGCCCGCCUACCCCGCGGCCGCGCUCUUCCCCGCCGCGCACGGGGCCGCCGGGGCCGCCUAUCCCUAUGGCUACCGCGGCAGCGCCAGCCCCGGGCGGCCUCCGCCGCCGCAGCCCGAGCAGCCCCCGGCGCACGCCAAGGGCCCCGGGGCGCACGGCCUGCGCGCCAGCCACGUCCUGCAGCCGGGGCGGCAGCCCCCGCAACCGCCGCCGCCUCCUCCCCCGCAGCACCGCGCGGCGCCCGCUGCACCCCCGCGGCACUGCGAGGCGGCCCCUGCCACCCCAGGCGCCCCGGCAGGGGGCAGCGCCCCUGCGUGCCCGCUGCUCUUGGCCGACAAGAGCCCGCCGGGCCUGAAGGGCAAGGAGCCCGUGGUGUACCCCUGGAUGAAGAAGAUCCAUGUCAGCGCGGUCAACCCCAGUUAUAGCGGAGGGGAACCCAAACGCUCUCGAACCGCCUACACCCGACAGCAGGUCCUGGAGCUGGAGAAGGAGUUCCACUUCAACCGCUACCUGACGCGCCGCCGCCGCAUCGAGAUCGCCCACGCGCUCUGCUUGUCUGAGCGCCAGGUCAAGAUCUGGUUCCAGAACCGGAGAAUGAAGUGGAAGAAAGAUCACAAGCUGCCCAACACCAAGAUGCGGUCGUCAAACUGCUCAGCAUCCUCGGCCUCCACAGGCCAGCCUGGAAAAGCACAAACUCAGAGUCCACACCCCCAUCCCCACCCAGUGGCAGGCGCCUCCACCCCUAUUCCCUCCUCCAUAUAA